AUGGACACUUCCGGUCCUCCCGGCCCCCCCGGCCCUCCUUACUCCCGCCCCGAGCAGACCUCCGACGAGGGCAUUGCUGGCGACCGCCCUCAAGGCUGGCGUCUCCUCAAGGCUCAAUAUGAGGCGGGCGAGGACCUCGACUACCUCCCCCACAUGAAGCACGCCGUCGAGAAAAUGAAGCUCCUCGAGAACCAAGCCGAAUCCCUUCUCAAGAAGGUGACUGCAAUCAAAAUCCCCGUCCCUCGCCCGGCCAAUUUCGAUGUUGCAGGCGCCUACGCCCAGCUGGCUGCCAUCGAGCAACAGAUCCUGCAGUACAAGGACAUGGAGGUAAAGCAGUCGGAAGUUCUCAACAUGACCGAUAACGACACGCACGUGGCCCGCUUGCAAGACCUUCUUCAGGCCCACAAGAACAUGCGCGACCAGCUCCUCAAUGUGGCCGCCGACGGCCGCAAGGUCCGCGUCCAGGUCACCAACACCACCAACGACCAGGAGAUUUGCCCCGGCGACUACUAUGACCUGCUCGCCAGCUGCUUGAACGACAUCAAGGAAACCGAGAUGGACAUUGCCGUUCAGAAGGAGGCCGGCGACGUCGGCAAGCUCCUCAGCAAGAUGGCCGUUGACGGUUCCGCUCAGCGCCGCCCCAACUACAAGCAGGUCGAGACCAAGGUCGCUGAACUCCGCAAGCUCCUCGCCUAG